AUGGCAACAGUCUCCCACGUCGAAGGUAGAGUCGAAAUCUCGACGACCAGACUCCUUCUCCGAGGCGCAAGAGCCACCAGCGAUGAAGAGGCGGCCCUGUACGAAGCAUUUUCGGAUCCCGAGGUGACGAAGUACAUGGGGUCGGAGCCGCAUACCUGCCUUACCUCCACAGCAAAGUGGCUUUCAACCAUGGUCGACUCUCCGCAAAACGGCGUCACCGACUUCAUCAUCACACUCACCACUUCGACUCCAGGUCCUCCCGUUACCGUCGGCAAGAUCGGCAUCUGGAGAGACCAGGAAAUCGGAUUCUUCCUAGCCCGCAAAUACUGGGGCCAGGGGAUUGCCCAAGAAGCGCUCAAUGCUCUGAUUCCGUACUUAUUCGGGGAGGAACGAAUGAACGAAAUCACCGCAGAUGUGGACCCGGACAACGAGUCGUGCAUCGGGCUAUUGAAGAAAGUCGGCUUUGUGGUGUAUGGAUUCAGGAAGAGAACAUACAAGGUUGGAGAGAAGUGGUUUGAUAGUCAGUAUAUGAUAUUGAGGAGAGAAACAUGGCAGUGGACAAGACGGACCCACGAUGCUGCCAUGUCGGCUAAGUCGGCGCAUGUGAAUGAUGAACGUUCUUUGACAUGGUCCCUGGGAUGA